CCCCAGAAGUGCAACUUCAUUUAGCAGCUCCCAGUAGAAGGAAACUGCAAGUCUGAAACUGGCUGUGACUCCCUCAGCCAGCUUGGCUGCUCGCCUCGGUGGGCAGGGACACGGGGAGGGUGAGAUCCAGCCUCCGGCUCUUCCUCAGCAGCGGGGCCACGUAACUUGGGAUUCGAGAAGCAGCGGGAGCCGGGUGGCUAAGUUGCUGCAUCCUGCGUAUGAAACUCAUUUGAAGUCAUGUCCAGAAGGAAAGUCAACUAAAUCAGCAAUGCAAUGGAGGUAGAGUCCAGCAUGUACACUGACUUCAUUUCCUGCGAUCGGGCCGGUCGGAGGAACGCUGUCCACGACAUCCACCAAGAUGCAACCACCGUCAGCGUGCGCAAGCUGACCGAGGACCUCGGUGACCUCGCCGUUGAAGGAGCAGAAAGCCAAAGCGAUGCCACUUCUUCUGAGAAUGACCCAGGAGCAAGACCAGAGGGGCAGGAAAACAGCCCUUCCCCAUGACAGUGUACAGGGGGUGGGAUGUGCAGGAGGAGGGCCAUCUUAAACAAGUAUUUGCUAUUAAAUCUGCGGACAAAAGCCAACCUGGAACAGCAAGUGGUCAAAUGUCUCUGCAGCAACUCUGUUUAGAGAGCUACAUGAUGCUUUACAAGGACUGGCACCUCCAAAAGACUUCUGCUCCUAUCCCUAAUGAUUUAGAGCAACACUGCCGUGGUUGUAGUGCUAUGAGCCAUUCUCAAGAUGCCUUAGCUGCAAUUUUCCCCUAGGGGAAAAAAUGAUUUCAGUAAUAAUAAACACAUCAGACUUUCCUGUCCAAGGUACCUUCCUCCUUUGCAAAUUUAGAUUAUUAUUUAUUCUGUUUCCAUAGAUUAGAAAUGUAGAUUAUUGGUUUUACUAAGCCUCAUCUGUAACUUAGACCUGACCUGGCCAAUGGACUGUCCAUGUGGCCUCUUGUCAGGGUGGGCAGUGGGGAAGGGACCUGGCCACUCCCUCUGCCUUCAAGCACCACUCACCUGUGCUGCUGCUGCCGCUUAGCAUCAGGAAAGGACCAAAGCACAGCUCUGUGUGGAUGAGCUCCACCUACAGACCCAGCAGCACCAGCCACAGGCAUCUUUUCCUUUGGGUUUUAGCAUUUUGAGAUAUUGUUAAGGGGAGGGGAGAAACAUUUUGCUGGUUUGACUGUUGAAAUUCAGGCUUAACUUUGCAAACUGUUAGCCGAGAUGAUCUCUGGUAGGAUCUCACACCAUUCUCUCUUUUAGGAGACAUGUUUUGUGUUAAAGAUGGUUUGAUAAAACUAUGUAAGUUGUUGGAAUAAAUAACACAGCCUUCAAGUA